UUCUAUUGUAGCCGUCAAACUAUAGACAUUUAGCAGACAUGACACUGUAGUCCGUACCAUCAGAAACUUCAUAAAGAUUUGUAUAAUACUAUAACACUAUAAUACGUAAGCUAUUUACAUCGAAUGCUCUCAAUAAUGAAUAAAUUAACAGUCAGACGAUACAGAAACAACGUUGCCAUGUCUCAACUUCUGGUAGCAGUAUUGAUCUUACUUCUACUGAAAACGGGUAAACCCUUGGAGUGUAAAAGGAAAGAAGUUCUCACCAAUACGCCUGAGAUUUUAAGCAAUUGCUACCGGGAGUGCGGAUAUCCAUCUAAACCAAUGGUAUGCGAAUAUGAAUUUAACGUCGAAUGGCACCAAACUAUGUCAGGUUAUUGUGGGGAAUGUCCGUUUAAGAAGGAAGACUGUGAUCUCGAAAAGUGUGUGCCUGUUGACGGGUCUUCAAGACCUGUGAUAACUGUAAAUGGAUCUUUUCCUGGACCAAGCAUUAUGGCUUGCGAAGGUGAUACAAUACGAGUGAAGGUAACAAACAACUUACAAUCCGGUGCUGGAGUAACAAUGCAUUGGCACGGGAUUCAUCAAACUAACACUAACUGGAUGGACGGCGUCCCACGUGCGACGCAAUGCGCAAUUGCACGUGGGUCAUCGUUUGUCUACGAGUUUAUUGCUGAGCCCGCUGGGACACAUUGGUGGCACUCACACGCAGGUUACCAGAGGGGAAGUGGCGCAUCAGGCCCAUUGAUUGUGAGGAAGUCUCGAAAAAUAGAGUUCAACAGCGAAGCGUAUGAUUUCGAUCUACCGGAACAUACCAUGAUGAUAACAGAUUGGGCUGAUAUGACAUCGUUGGAAAUUGAACUUAAAGUUAGUGUUCCCGCUUUAAAUGCUAGAUUUCAGAUAGUUACUAUCCUUAUGAAUGGUAAAGGAGAAAAAAUCGAAUUUUUGGACGAAACUGGUCAGGUAUUUAAAACACCGAGACAAAUAUUUGAAGUUGAAGCAGGAAAGCGGUAUAGAAUACGAUUAAUAGGCGCAUUUAUAGCAGUAUGCACGACGUCAUUUCAUAUUGAAAAACACAGCAUGACGAUUAUUAGUACUGAUGGCGGAGAAACAAUCCCAUACGAAACAGAUUACUUAACGAUAGGUCAAGGAGAAAGGUACGACUUCGUGCUACAUGCCAACGCCGCGCCAUCAACGUAUUGCAUAUAUGCAUUUGGUUACGGAAAUAGCUCGUGCACUAACGAUAAUGCAACGUUCAUCCUGAAAUACAAAUCUAGUCCUUUGGAUAAACCAACAUGCGCAUCAUAUGCUCUGGAUCCUGCACCGCAAUAUAUGGGGAAUCUUUCGAAAGGGACGUUCUCUGCAAUAGACGUUGUUUCUUCAGACCCUGGUGAUCAAGAACUCUAUCGUGUUGAUUCAAGGCAUUACAUUACAUUGAGGUCGUACGCUACAUAUAAAACGCCUACGGACCCCGGCUAUCGAAAUGGCGCUCUUGCUGUCGAUAAUGUUAUAUAUAAUCCUCCAUUAUUACCAUUUGUGACGAAUGCGCCAAAUUACUCGGAUAUUUGUCAAUCAGCUGGGAACAAAACAUUGUACUAUUCGUGCGGCAUUGAACAAUGUAUAUGUACACAUAUUUUAAAAAUAAAACUCGGAAAUGUGGUAGAAAUUAUAUUACUUAAUACUGAUGGAGAUGUUAUACAACAUCCAAUGCAUAUGCAUGGUGGCAGCUUCCGACUCAUUGGACUAAAUUCAUUUCACACUAAAAAGAUGACACUCGAAGAUGUCAUUCAACUCGACAAACAAGGUGGUCUGUUCAGAAAUUCUCCUGUAAAAGCUGCAUUAAAAGAUACAGUAAUGGUGCCUUCUAAUGGAUACGCCAUCUUGAGAAUGAAGGCAGAAAAUCCGGGUUACUGGUUCUUUCAUUGUCAUACUACGAAUCACGGUGAAGGAGGAAUGGUUAUAGUUCUGCAGUUUGGUGAACCAAGUGAGAUGCCGAAGCCGCCAUUAGAUUUCCCAAGGUGUGAGGGUUGGGAACCAAAGUGAUCGAAAUUUCAAAAAGGAUUAUGGAAUGAAAAUGCUAGAUAUUUCUAAUAGAAGUAGAAGAAUAGACAAAACUAAAAAUUAUAAUAAUAAUAAUUGUAAGACGUUCUGAUUGGUCAGUUGUUUAGUUAAAUUGAAAAUUCAGAGUCCUUUUUCUGCUAUUUCUAAAAAAAAAAAUAUUAUUUUGAAUUGAGUAAAUGUGCUUCUCCAUACGAAAGCUACCAUCAUGUAUCGUAAACAUUUUAUUAGUACGAAUCACAAAGAGAUCUUAGACUUCAAUGUAGUCUGUAUAAACUGCUCCCAUUAACUAAUUAUUGCGGGUAUCAAACGCCAUACCUCACACAAAAGACAUUUAAAAUUUGCUGGUAUAUUAUAUAAAUUAAGACUUUAGAAAAAAAAAUUAAAAAGGCUGAUAAAAUAUAUUUUAUGACUAUACUAAAAUAAAUAAAAUUCUCAGUUGCUUUUUGGUGAUGCUUUAUAAUGUAAAAGAAAAAGAGUUAUCACGUCUCUUAUUUCAACUAUUAAAUUGUAAUUGAAAGUGCGAAUAUCCACCGACCUACACUAAUGGUAUAUGAAUAUCUGAACGUUGAAUAGGUUCAAAAUACACAGUCUAUGCUUGGGACUGUCCGUUCAACAAAUAAAAAGGCUCUCAAAUUGUGUGUGCAUGUUGAUAGGCCCUGCAUGAAUUUAAAGUCUAUAUUUCUGUGAAUGACGUCACCACUUUACACGAUACACUUAUUAAAUCUCUGAUGUACUUACCCAAAUAAUUAUAAAUAAAGCGAGCUGCAGCAAAAAAAAAAUCAUCAUAAUUAUUGAUUUAUAUAUUACCGGUAUGUUUUUCGUAUAUAACAUCAUACCGCACACAAAGGAAAUUUAUAAUUUGCUGGCAUAUUAUAUAAAUUAAGCCUUUAGAAAAAGAAAAUAAAAAGACUGAUAAAACACAUUUUAUAACUAUACUAAAAUAAAUAAAAUUCUCAGUUGCUUUUUGGUGGCGCUUUAUAAUGCAGGGCCGGCGGAACAUUUUUCAAAUUGGGGUGGGGGCCCACUAGUAAGAUGAAUUUGAAUAUGAAUGGGUUCGAUUUUAGGGGGAGGGGGCACAAUUUUUCUCCCCACGGAAAAUUUUGAUUCCUAGAUGGCAGGAAAUGAGCUUUUCCGACUUUGAGCUAUAGGUGUCUUUUAAUGACAAAAAAGGUUUUCCACCUCUUGAAAGCGGUUAGGCAAAUUCUCUCAUUCUUAUUUUUGUCAAUAGGCCUGUUAUGUGUGUAUACAUACAUACAAAAAAAACCAAAUGAGUAGUUACAUACGUUUUUGUUUUCCCAUAAAUCGAUAAACUCAAAGAGAAAGGUGGGGGGGGGGGGUUCUCCCUCAGGAAUAUUUU